UGUAUGGUGUGUUGGCUUUCACUUGUCAGGGGAUUGAGUUCAAGAGCUGUGAGGUAAUAUUGCAACCUGUAGAACCCUGGUUGGACCACAUCUGGAACAUUGUGUUCAGUUCUGGUUGCCUCACUAUAGGAAGGAUGUGGUUUUUUAGAGAGGAUACCAAGGAGAUUUACCAAGUACACUGUCUGGAUUCGAGUGCAUGUCUUAAGAGGAAAGAUGAAGUGAUCUGGGGCUUUUAUGAGAGGUGACUUGAUAGAGGUGUAGAAGAUGAUAAGAGACAGAUGGAUUGACAAUCAGAGACUUCCCUGGGAAGAAAUGGCUUAUACAGGAAGACAUAAUUUUAACGUGAUAGGAGGAAAGUAGAGGGAGAUGUCAGAGCUAGGUUCUUUCCACAGAGUGGCCAGAGGUGGUGGUAGAGGCAGUUACAUUAGUGACAUUUAAAGAAAUCUUAGAUUGGCACAUGGAUGAACGAGAGAUGGAGGCUGACGUAGGAGGGAAGGGUUAGAUUGAUCAUGAAGUAGGAUAAAAGGUCAACACAACAUUGUGAGUUGAAGGGUCUGUACUGUGCUGGAAUGUUAUAUGUACUAAAUAUUGAUAAGGUGUACAGUGGGAAUGACUUCUGGGUGUGGACUCCCGAGCAAUAGGUGGACUGUAGAAGAAUGAUGUUAGAAAAUACUUAUGCACAUUGGGCAGGUUUACAGGGCCUGUUUUUAUCAAGUUUGUGCUACAUCCAUCCAGGUACUGAAAUGGAUUUCACGAUUAGACAUAACGUUCUGUGGACAUGUUGAGAAUUCAUGCACAUUAAUAUGGUUGAGAAGGAUUAUAACUUCUGAGAGAAAGAUUACGUAUUUUGUUAUUGAUGAGGUAACUGUUAACCUGAUGAUCUUGUGAACUCUGGAUGGAAAGCCUGUUAACUGGUGUCAAAAAUUGAGAAACUACCUUCUGCAAUGUUAAACCAGGACAAUGACAAUUUAAUAUGGUCUCAGCCCAAAAUGUCACCUGUUCAAUUCCCUCUGUAGAUGCUGCCUUACUUUGUUGUGUUCCUCCAACGUUGAGUGUGUGUUGCUCUGGAUUUCUAGCAUCUGCAGAAUCUCUUAGGGUUAAUAGUUGCCUUUCUUCAUGUUUGAAACAGCUGAGUGGAAUAUAACCUAAGCUUAGAGUUCUAUUGUUACUUGUUGGAAAGAGUCACAUAAUAUUUUGAAGCUGACAAGGUGCACUUGUGAAAUGUUCAGCAAUGUACAACACGAGUAAAAUACCACAAUGUUGUUUUUCACUGUAUGAUGGUGAAAUUCUGGUUGCUAUAGAGCUUCCUGAAUUGUUAAUUUAUGAUUAUAAUAGUACAAGAAAGAUGCAUUUCAAUAACUAUUUAUUUAUACAGCAGGUACUCUGUAGAUUUAUAGUCUAUGUUUACACAUCAGUCAUACCGUAUAUACACAUAGGGAUAUUAUUGGCAAAUGUUGGUGCUCUGCUCGUCUGUCAAAAAAUAUACAAUGUUCUGAAUGAGGUCUGUUUCACAUUUUUAUUGGUGGAUUGACAAAUUCCCUGCCGUGGAUGGAGAUCACUUGCAAGUUCAGGUGGUCUGCAUAACUAAUAUAAACUUUCAGAGGAAGUCUGUUAUAGGGUAUGUGGAGUUGACCAUUUUCCCAUUACUUGCAAACCUCAGUAGAAUUAAACUGAAUAGCAAGCAAUGUCGGAUUUACAGAGUACGAAUAAAUGACUUGGAAGCUGCUUUCAUUUACAAUGAUCCCACCCUGGAGGUCUGCCACCAUGAAUCAAAGCAGCGAAAUCUGAAUUAUUUUUCCAAUGCCUAUGCAGCAGCAGUCAGUGCUGUUGAUCCUGACACUGGAAAUGGAGAGCUAUGUAUCAAGGUUCCAUCUGAACUAUGGAAACAUGUUGAUGAGAUGAAAGUUUUGAAGGUGUAUAUAGAAUUUUCCUUGGACCAGCCAAAAGGAGGGCUUCAUUUUGUUGUGCCCAAUGUCGAAGGCAGCAUGGCUGAGCGAGGUGCACAUGUCUUUUCCUUUGGGUAUGAAAACUGUACAAGGUUUUGGUUUCCUUGUGUGGAUUCUUUCUCCGAACUAUGCACAUGGAAGUUGGAGUUCACAGUUGAUGCGGCCAUGGUAGCUGUUUCCAAUGGAGAUUUAGUGGAGUCUGUUUACACCCAUGAUAUGAGGAAAAAAACUUUUCAUUAUAUGUUAACCAUCCCAACAGCAGCCCCAAACAUUUCAUUGGCUGUUGGCCCCUUUGAAAUACUAGUUGAUCCUUACAUGCAUGAAGUAACGCAUUUCUGCCUGCCCCAAUUGUUGCCACUUCUGAAACAUACCACAUCCUUUCUUCAUGAGAUUUUUGAGUUCUAUGAAGAGAUCCUGACCUGCAGAUACCCCUAUGCCUAUUAUAAGACUGUAUUUGUUGAUGAAGCCUAUGUCGAAGUAGCUUCAUAUGCUUCUAUGAGUAUUUUAAGCACAAACCUCCUGAACAGUGCCAUGAUUAUAGAUCAGACGCCUCUUACCAGACGAUGUUUAGCACAAGCUCUGGCUCAGCAGUUCUUUGGCUGUUUUAUUUCCAGAAUGUCUUGGUCUGAUGAAUGGGUGUUGAAAGGAAUAUCUGGUUACAUUUAUGGCCUAUGGAUGAAAAAAACAUUUGGUGUUAAUGAGUACAGACACUGGAUUAAAGAGGAGUUGGACAAAAUUGUGGACUACGAAUUGAAAACUGGUGGUGUUUUGUUGCAUCCAACAUUUACUGGAGUGAAAGAGAAAGAAACCCCAGCACCGCACUUGCAUUUUUCAAUUCGGCAUCCACAUACUUUGUCCUGGAAUUACUACAAGAUGUUUCAGUGCAAAGCUCACCUUGUGAUGCGACUCAUUGAAAACAGGAUUAGCAUGGAAUUCAUGCUUCAGGUCUUCAACAAACUGUUGAGUUUGGCCAGCACUGCUUCUUCACAGAAGUUCCAAUCACAUAUGUGGAGCCAGAUGCUGCUUUCAACGACUGGAUUUUUAAAAUCAAUUUCAAAUGUGUCUGGAAAAGAUAUCCAACCUCUAAUAAAGCAAUGGGUUGAUCAGAGUGGUGUAGUGAAGUUUUUCGGCAGCUUUGCAUUCAAUCGGAAACGGAACAUCUUGGAACUGGAACUGAAGCAGGAUUACACUUCUUUGGGAACUCAGAAAUAUGUGGGACCGCUUAAAGUUACCGUACAAGAGCUUGAUGGGUCGUUUAACCAUACUCUACAAAUUGAGGAAAACAGCUUAAAGCAUGAUAUUCCUUGCCAUUCCAAGAGCAGACGGAAUAAGAAAAAGAAGAUUCCGUUGUUGAAUGGCGAGGAAGUGGACAUGGAUCUUUCUGCAAUGGAUGCCGAUUCCCCAUUGUUGUGGAUAAGGAUAGACCCUGACAUGUCUGUUUUGAGGAAAGUGGAAUUUGAGCAGGCUGAUUUCAUGUGGCAGUACCAGCUUCGCUACGAGAGAGACGUCGUUGCACAAGAAGAAUCAAUUCUUGCUUUAGAGAAGUUCCCCACUCCAGCCUCUCGACUGGCGUUGACAGAUAUCCUAGAACAUGAACAAUGCUUUUACAAAGUCCGAAUGCAUGCAUGCUUCCGGCUUGCAAAGAUUGCAAAUGCCAUGGUGAACACUUGGACAGGUCCUCCAGCAAUGAAGUCGCUCUUCACUCGAAUGUUUUGCUGUAAAAGCUGUUCAAAUAUUGUUAAGACCAACAAUUUCAUGAACUUCCAGAGCUACUUUUUACAGAAGACAAUGCCUGUUGCAAUGGCGUUGCUAAGAGAUAUCCAUAACCAAUGUCCUAAGGAAGUGCUGGCCUUUAUUUUGGACUUAAUAAAAUAUAAUGACAACAGGAAGAACAAGUUUUCGGACAACUACUACCGUGCUGAACUAAUUGGUGCACUUUCCAAUUCAGUAACACCUGCAAUUAGCAUUAAUAACGAGGUUCGGACAUUAGAUAAUCUCAAUCCUGACGUAAGAUUGAUUUUGGAGGAGAUAACCAGAUUUCUAAACAUGGAGAAGUUGCUACCAAGUUACAGGAAUACAAUAACUGUCAGCUGCCUGAAAGCUAUUCGAGUGCUUCAGAAGAAUGGCCACAUUCCCAGCGAUCCAUCACUCUUUAAGUCGUAUGCAGAAUAUGGACACUUUGUCGAUGUUCGCAUUGCAGCUCUGGAAGCAGUUGUAGAUUAUACACAAGUGGACAGAAGCACUGAUGAGUUACAGUGGCUAUUAGAUCUGGUCCAGAAUGAUGCAGUGCCCUACAUAAGACAUAAAGUUUUGAGUAUGCUCAAUAAAAAUCCGCCUUUCACCAAGAACGCAGACUCCUCUUUGUGCUCUGAGGCAUUGGUGGACCAACUCUGGAAACUAAUGAACUCAGGAACCUCCCAUGACUGGAGACUUCGCUGUGAUGCUGUGGACAUGUACUAUACAUUGUUUGGCCUCAGCCGACCCUCAUGCCUUCCUCUACCGGAAUUGGGCCUUGUUCUCAACUUGAAGGAAAAGAAGACUGUGCUGAAUCCUAUUAUUAUUCCUGAGACAGGAGGAAGUGGCCAAGAAACUUUGGGCGGUGCAAGCAUGCAUGGAUUAAUACCUGGCUUCCAGAUUAAUGAGGAAGAUCAUCUUGCUAAGGACCCUGCAUCCACUAUACCUGGAGCGCAGAGUGUGAAGAGAAAAGCCGAGACUCCACUUGGCUCUCCACUGGAACCUGGCCAAGUUCUGGAAAAAGAUGAAGACAACAGCAAAGUUAAACUAAAAAUCAAAUUUUCUAAUUCUCAAGAAGAUGAAGAGAUUGACAUGGACUCUGUCCACGAUAGUCAGGCCUUUAUAUAUCAUCAACUGAACAUACUUGAACGACCAUCUACACCAGGGAAAGAAACACCAGCUGUGGAAACUGGCAUGGUUUCCAUGCCAACUACCCCAGUUCCUUCACUUGGCAAAGAGUCAAGUUCAUCGAGGCAUGGGGAACACCACCACCAUCACCAUCAUGAGCACAAGAAAAAGAAGAAGAAGCAUAAACACAAACAUAAGCAUAAACACAAACAUGAUGGGAAAGAUAAAGAAAAAGACCUGUUUACUUUCUCAAACAGCCCAGCUAGUGGACGGUCUCUUAAUUCUCCUUCAAUUUCAGACUGAACGAAAUGGAGAAUUAGCCAAGCAGCCCGACAACGGAGCAAGGAAAAAAGGACCAAAUGCAAGGCCACGGUGAUAACCUCUGUGCCCACCUUUCCUAUAAACUAAUGGUAAUACGCAAUGUACAUGUACAAAAUGAAUAUGUACCUCAACACACAGGUUUAGUUGACCUAAACUGCAGUUUGCUGGUUUCUCCAAACUUACCAUCCUUGCUUUCACAAAGUGCUCAAAAUCAACAACUUUUCCACUCCACCUCCAUUCUUGCAUUUCCACAUAGCCUUACACUGUUCUUUGAAAGUAUAUCUUCCCAAUGGUUUUACUGGCUUGUAGAACUCCGCUGUGCAUGGCACUUUGUAUCUGCCUUUUAGUCCUGCACAAGUUUGUUGGUGAGAUGAUGUUCAUUGUAAACAUGAUACAAUGAAUUUCAUUGGUAAUAACCAUGCAAUGCAGGAAAACCUCAACCCAGAAAUUCUUGAGCAAGUGUACUGUGGAAACUUGCACGAGGCAAUUGGUGAAAUGCCAUGGAUCGUCCUCAAUAUGCAGGUAGGUUGGAGCAGUGGACAGGAAACAGUGGUGGAUAAUGCUAAAAUAAGGAGAGAAGAAAAUGUGAUGUAGAAUUUUACAGAUUCUUGUUUUAUUACAUUUUUCCAAUUCCAUGAAAAAGUCAUGAAGCCCAGUCAGCAGUGGUCUACUCCCGGUAAUGAAGUCAACCUCCUCUCCUUUUUACUUAUUUUAAAAAUUGUUCCUAAGUGGCUGUCAAUCUCUAAUUGGCAUUUGUGAUAUAUUGUUAACGAUGAUGGUGCUGAUUCUUUUUAGUUGCAUCCAAGGACUUGUGGAACAUGGUCUUUUAAAAGAUGAGAAUCAUUUGUAGUAAAUAUAAUCAGGUUUUAUAACAAUGCCCUGGGGUCCAUAUAAGUUUGUACAAUAAAAUGUUUGCUCUUUCA